CAUACAGUAAGAAAUUUACAUGGCAACAUAACACAACAACCAAGUCGGUGCGAAAAAAAAUGGAUCAAACCAAGAAACCACUAAGAAUUCCACCUCAGUUUGGUACAUACGCUGAGAGACAUGGAAUAUUUGAGAUGUAUAAGCGACUGAUUGAAGGUCUGAUUAUCAGUAAACCACAGGAUCCACUGGACUACCUUCUGGAGCAACUCAAGAGAGAAAAUGAUGACACUCCAGCCAUUGUUAUUCAUGGCCCACCGGCAUCAGGCAAAACAACCAUUGCUCGCUUGGUGUCCAACCAGCUGAAGGCAGCCUAUAUCAGUAAGGAGACUCUCUUAGCCGAUGAUGUGUCGACCGUCGCAGCCAAAGCAAGGAGCUGUCAGUCAAGUGGAGAGCCAAUCCCAACAGAGCUAUGGGUUGAGUUGAUCAGGAAUCGAGUGAAGCUGUUUGAUUGCAUCAGGAAGGGAUGGGUCUUAGAUGGAUUCCCGGACACCAGAGAACAAGCUCUGGCAUUGCAGGAGAUCGGUAUCAAUCCUAAACAUUUCGUUGUUCUGGAAGCCCCUGACACAGUUCUUAUCGAGAGACAGAUGGGCAAGAGGAUCGAUCCAGAGACAGGCGAUGUAUACCACACCACCUUUGAUUACCCUAGUAACAGCGAUGUCGAGAAGAGAUUGGUAGAACCGCCUGAAGGAUGCGGGGAGGAGGCCAUGGUCGAUAGACUGGUCCUCUAUCACCGUUUCAUCCCGGGCCUCAAGGUCGGUUAUGAGAAGUACACCAAGUCUAUCAAUGCGGAUCAACCAAAGGCUGAUGUUUACUCGCAAGUGACAACAUUCUUGAGUUCCAAGACGAGAUCAUUGGCACCUCAUAAUCCUCGUAUAGUCCUUCUUGGACCCACUGGCAGUGGAAAGACGGUCCAGGCUGCUCUCCUAGCCAACAAGUAUGGUAUCAUCAAUGUUUCUUCUGGACAGCUAGUGAAGGAAGCUCUUGCAAGUGAAUCCAAGGUCGGUGAAGCCAUCAAACCAUAUGUUGAAAGGAAAAUGCUGGUCCCAGAUAAUCUCAUCUUGAAACUUCUUGAUGAGAGGUUGAGUCAGGUGGACUGUUCCACUCGAGGAUGGGUGUUGAGAGGGUUCCCGAGGACGAGGGAGCAAGCCGAGAAUCUUACUGCAGCAGGUCACGAACCCAACAGGGUGUUCUUUUUGGAUGUGCCCAACGAUUCUGUCUACGAGCGUCUCACCUUGCGAUCCUUGGACGCCGUCAGUGGCAACCGUUACCACGCCCUCUACAAUCCUGCCCCGACCUCGGACAUCAAGGAACGCACCGCCCAGCAUCCUGCGGACUUUGAGGAGAAGAUCCGCGAGCGUCUGGCGGCGUACUAUGCGUACUCGGAAGAGAUCGGCGACUUCUACGAGGAUGCGCAGCACAUCAACGCAGACCAGGAUCCACACACGGUGUUUGAGUGCGUGGAGAGUAUGUUGGUCAACCCACUCCCACGGACUCUCCCUACCCAGGACUAGAUGGUCAGUGAGACUGCAAACGGAACUUUUCGCUGGAUCAUACUAAAAGAGGAAUCUAGAAACAAUGAUCAAUAUCGUUCUGUGUGGUUUCAAUGGCAGCCUAUAGAGGAUAGAUUACCCUCUUAUGAUAUUUUCCCCAAAUAUUUUCAGGAAAUUUUUCUCUCGUCCAUAGAUUAAUUAUUUGGAAACAUAAAUCAAUACUAUGGAAAGCUCUAGCAAAUGUCCCAAAGUGAGUA